AAAAUUCAUAAAUAACGUACUUCAAAUAUCUUAGUCAAAUUAACUUUUAAGAAUAGUGAAAAUUGCCAGAAAUAAUUAUUAACUGUGAAAUAAACGUUCAGAUUAUAUGUGACUCAAUUCAUGGAUAUUAGAUGAUGAUAUAAGAUCGUUUUAUCUGUUUAUUUUGUUAGUCUCAACUGACGAAGUUUUCCUAUUGAACGACCUUAAACGACCUUAAAAUUCAGUCAAAAUACUUGGAGUCAUAAAGUGUUUCGGAGGAGAAAUUAUUACUUAAAAUUGUGGCAUUUGCAAUAAAAUGCUCUUUGUGCCAUCGCAACUAGCUGAAACACUUCCAUCGUGUGUGCCAUAAUAUUGGGAUUGAUUUACGAAAUUCGUGGGUUGAUGAACACUACACAGCCCGUGAAGGAACCCUCGCAAAAGCCUUCUGGCCAGUACAAGUCAUACCAUCAUAAUCAGCCAAUUCAACAUCAACCACCAUCAUUAUCAUUUAUAUCAAGGGCCUCAGCGUUAGAAGCCGGCAAAAUCAACGCAACAACAACUCACAUCGAACUUGAACAGCAGCCAAAUUGCGUCUCAGCAUUACUUACAAUGUCUUGUCGUGGACGUGCCGAAGCAUUUGCUCGAAGCCUACAAUCAAGAUUGAGAACGUUGGGGAGUCAGGAUGAUGAUCAAGAUGUCGACACUGUGGAUUCAUCAGAUUCAACUUGGAUCAACAAUAACAGCAACAACACAAAUUCAGCAACAAUUACAGACUUACAGCCGCGUUUGUCCAAUAGCAAUAGUAAUAAUAAUGCAACAACCAUCACCACCGAAACAGCAGACUCAUAUUUUGAUUUUGACAUGGAACCAGAGUCACCAGCUUCGCCAAUUGAUGAAUGCGAAUACACACGACUGAUUGAAACAACAGGUUCAACGCCUAGUGAACAGCAAGCACCAGAGUCGGGGUUCGUAUGUGCUUCACCUUCUUCCACACUUGGAGGCGAAUCUCGGGGAAGUGCAAGCAGCUCUGAAACACAAUUCUUCGAUCCUGAAUCAUCCGACACAGGCACAGAGUUCUUUGACUGUCCACCAGAUAGAAAACCUCCACGACGCUAUCAACAUUUGAGUCAUAAUCGUGUGGCAAUCCGACCACCAUCUCCAAUUACAACAGCAUCAGUCCAAAGUUCUUCGGAAUCGUCAGCAACGCCAACAAGUAAACUUAAUGGUCAUGUGAGACUCUUAGAAUCUGGUGACAGUUCCGACUCAUUGCCACCCUCACAAUCAACAAACUCUUCAAAUACUUCUAAACUCAAUUCAAAAUCAAACUCCAAUUCAACAUUACAAGAUGCGGAAGGUGCGAUGUCAGCUGAUGAUGUUGCAGCAGUUGAAGUGAAAGCUGAAGAAAGCAAUGAAACUGACGACGAUAUUGAUAAAUAUACAGCACAUCAGUACAAUGUGUCAAAAACCAAAUUCAUCAGAUACAAUGAAGCCGAUGAUGAUGAAGUAGAAGAUGAAAAAGCAGAAUCAAUGGAAAAUCAAACGCAAUCACUACAAAAAGAAGAUGAAGAAGAAAAAGUUUUGUUCAAUCAAGCUGUUGUGUUGGAUGAAAUAAUCGCAGCAUCAAUUGAUCAAGUGGAGCAAGUGAUGGAAGAAAUAAGUGACGUAGCAUCAGAACCUGAACGUAUCGAACACAAAACACUCGCUGAAGAGGAAGAAGAAGAAGAAAGUCGUCCACAGCGAGUAAGAAGAUGUUCGUCUUUGAAGACUGGAAAAACUCCGCCAGGCACACCAGGAAGAAAGAAAUUCGUUCGAUUUGCUGAUGUUCUUGGUCUUGAUCUUGCUGAUGUGAGAACAUUUUUGGACGAAGUUCCGCGAGUUCCGAAAUCGGCGUUUGAAGAUUUGGAGGUUGGUGGCAAUGCAACGGUAGAUCUGAGACCGCCUGUAGAAAAAGUAUUAAUACCAAUGUUUCAACAGCCAGGAUGUUUGCCCGGUUUCAUUGAUCGUGUACGAGAUAAACAAGUUUGCCUUGAAAGUGCCGCCGUCACAGAUCCCGUGUCGCUUACAAUCACUGGAUGUGUACGUGUGAGAAACCUCGACUUCCAUAAAUCUGUUUAUGUUCGUUACACUUUCGAUAAUUGGAGAAGCUACGCAGAUUUAUCAGCGACAUAUGUGGAGAAUUCGUGUGAUGGUUUUAGUGACAAAUUUAGUUUUGUCUUAUUCGGACUUGCCCUGCAACUUGGACAACGUGUUGAGAUGGCCGUACGGUUCCAUGCGAAAGGUGAACAGUACUGGGAUAACAAUUACGGGACGAACUAUUGCUUUCAAUGCUUGCCAUGUAGUGCGAGAUCAAGUACAACGUUUGCACCGCCGCCUCCAUCUCGUGAUGAUUCAUCAAGAGACGACGAAAUUAAAACAAUCAUCGAUGCAAUGGGAAGUCGUCAAUGGACAAAUACAUUUUUGUAUUAAUUUCUAUUUCUUUUUAUUUUUCGUGUCGUUUUUAACAUUUUCAAGGGAAGAAUCAGAAAAUUGUGACAUUUAUGACGAUGAAAUUUCUGAUUCUUUUUUUUUAGGUACUGAUAUCCUAUCGGGUACCUUUUCAACUUUGAAACACUCAAAGUUCAUAGUGAACUUUAUGAAGCAAGUCAUGUUUGAAAGUUUUUAAGUCUACCAUUCAAUGAGUUACCAUUCACAUUAUGACUUUGUACUGUUAAUAUGAACUUUGAGUGCCUUGAGGCGUUGUUUCGAAAUUGAACAGGUGCCCUAUCUAUUAUUUUAUUAAUUAUAGUACUGGUAGAGAAAAGGCAGAACAUCAAUUUAAAAGCAGUUUAGAUUGAAAUAUUUUAGAGAAUUGUGCAAUAUCCCCGUGACACUAUCAUCUAUGAUUAAUGUUUGUUAUAUAAAAAGGUCAUAUUAAUUACAAAUAUAUUUUAUUAUACAAACCUACCUUAGUUGAUGAUGAAUCAAAUUAGGUAUAUGAAAAGGAGCUUUAAACAGAUGCUAGGUGAAUGAGAAUUCAGAGAAAAAAUAGAUUAUUUAGAUAAUGAAUGAAAAGAAAGAGUCUUGCAUGGAAAGAAAAUUUAUUUUGCCAUUUAGGGCAAUCAAAUCACUCAUUAUAAGUGCAAAAUAUGCUUUGACUAGUUAUUCCCUUUAAACAUCACUAAGCAAAGUUCAAUCACGCCAAUAAGUUUCGUUACUCAAUUUGAUAAAUAUUUUAUGCAAAAGAUUUAUAUCACUAUGUUAAUAUUAUUCAAUGUUAUUAAUGAUUAUUGAGAUCAGCAGAAAGAAGAAUAAUAAAUUUAAUUACCUCUUAUCGAUCAGCGAUAAUUGAAACUGAUAGCAACGAUUACUACGAGAAGGUGACAAAUAGUAAUAUCGAAAUUGCCCUUUUCAAGCAAUAGAUUGAAUAUAUUAAACUAAUAAAACAGAAAAACUCCAAAAAAAACAUUUUUUGUGUGUAUUGAGAUGAGAAAUGUGACAUUAGAAUGAAUAAAGAAAACCCGAAAAU